CAGACGCGGUGCGUGCUAUGCUCCAUGAGCACGCCGACAAUGCGUACUUUGUGUCGCGGGUGGCUCUGAUCAAGACCAAGGGGCCCGAGCCGCGGCUGCUUGUCAUCGGUCAGAAGCAUGUGUACAUGCUCAAAGCUGGCGGCAAGCUCUCGACUAGCUUUUCGAUUCUGGAGCUGCGGGCGGUGGUCUCUCCGGAUGAGACGACGGUGAGCCUCUCGUUUGCGCAGCCACCGCUCAUUCCGGCUGCGAUUGCCACGUCGGUCAACUCGAGCUCUGUGGCGACGCUGGACAUCAAGACGCCCGCAGCGACCAACGUGAUCACGUGUCUCGCGCGCGCGGUCUCUGUGAUCUUUCCGGACAAGCCGGCAGACUCGGGCGAGGGCGUCAAGUUUGUGGUGACACCGCCGACACGGGUCAAGAAGCUGCCUGUGGAUGCACUGGCUUGCGGCAACUACGCGCUGGCGAUGGCAGUCAUGUCAUCGUGGCUCGGCGCGCCACUCCGCGAGGACAUCAUGUGGGAUGUGGAGAACUUGUUUGCCGUCAACUCGGUCAAGGACUUUAACGUGGUCGAGUUUGACGAGGUCCGCGACUACCGGCCGCUCCUGCUCGCGCUCAAGUACAACUCGUGGUUCCGCUGCUUCACGGCGUCGGGCCCUAGCGUGGACAAGGAUGUGCUGAAAGUGCUGGCUGUGGUGAUGCGGACCAACGGCCACCUGGAAAAGCUCAACUUGUCGGGCACCGGGCUCAAGUCUGAGUUUGCGGGUGUGUUUGAGGCGAUGGCAGCCAACCCGUACCUUGCGGUCAACAACCUCGACCUGUCUGGCAACGCGCUGGACCAGGCGUCGUGCGACGCGCUGGCCAGCCUCAUUGUCAGCCUCCCGCACGGCCUUGCCUCCCUCAACCUCUCCGGGUGCGGGCUGAAGAAGAAGACGGCGAUGGUCAUUGUCAACGCGCUGAAGAAGAACAGCCACCUUGUGUCGUCGCUCGACGUGCUCGACCUGUCGGGGAAUGACCUUUCCGGGUGCACCGCUGGCAUGGCAGCCUUCCUGGCGCAGCCCAACUCGAUCGGGACGCUCAAGCUCGCGGACACUGGGGUGGUCAUCGAGCAGGUGCUCUCUGCGCUUCAGCGCGGGUCGUCGUCGCUGCGGACGCUCGUGCUGGACAACGUCAAGUUUGGGGCCAAGGAUGCCAAGGCGCUUGUCCGCGUCCUGCAGGGUGCCGAGUCGCUCAAGGCGCUCUCGCUUGCCGGGAGCAAGGUCCCAGUGGCUUCACUUGGGGAGAUCAUUGGGGCCAUUGGCAACAACCCAAUUCUGCACGAGUUUGAGCUCAACGCGGCAGCCAACAGCUUUGGUCCCGACGGCGGGCGGGCGCUGGCGGAGGCGCUUCCUGCGGUGCGCAACCUUUCCAAGCUCAAUGUGGCCGAGAACGAGCUGGGUGAUGACGGCGUGCUUGCGCUGGUCAUGGCGCUGACACAGUCGACGUGCCUGGAGACGCUUGUGCUUGACGGCAACUUUCGCGGCAAGCCGACCAAGUCGCGGCCGGCGGCCAUGGACGCACUCUGCUCGCUCAUCGAGUCCGAGUGCCCGCUCACCGAGCUCUCGUUGGCAGGCAACGCCAAGGCUGCGCUCAAGGCUGACACGCUCAUCUUUCUCGACGCGCUCGGGGCGAACACCUCGCUGACCAAGCUCGACAUCUCGGGCAACCAGAUGGGCGACCGUGGUGCGGCUGCGCUCUCCAAGGCACUCCAGCUCAAUGACACCCUGCGAUCGCUGUCGUGGGACGAGAACGGUACAUCGCAGGUCGGCUUGCAGCACUUUAAGACCGGCCUCUCGCGCAACUACUCAAUCAAGGCGAUGCCGCUACCGCUCAUCGACAUCAACGCCUCGCUCCGCGACCCGGAGCAGGUCUAUGCGCUUGUCAACGAGAUCCAGGCCUCGCUCUUCCGCAACCAAAACCCGAACCAGUUCCGCGCGUCGGCGACCGGCCUCACCGGCGUCUCGUCGCUCAACAUGGUCCGCGCCGAGGAGUUCUCGCGCAUUGUGCAGCGGAUCCGGGCAACCGGCUCAGGCGCCGACCUUGAGUCCCACUCUGCAGCCAUUGCCGACGCCGAAGCCACUCCUGCGGCGCAGACCGAGCUUGCCUUUGCGGCACAGUCGAUGGUGGCGACGAUGGAAGUUGAUCUCAAGAACAUGCUCGACGAGUUUGCCUCGCAGGUCCGCGAGUACUACGCCGACCGGGCCCGCGACAUGCAGGCACGGCUCGGCGAGCUGUUUGCGGCGCGGCUGCCGUCGGUGGCGGACACCCGCGAUGAGCUGGUGGCCUCGCUCGCCGACCACACAGCCCUAGUCCAGGUCGAAGAGCUCUCCAAGCUCUUCCGUGGCGUCACGUCAGAGCUGGUCAACCUCGGCGGUGAAACGUGCGCCUCAAUGGUCGACAUUGCCGCCGAGCAUGUGUUCCAGGCUGUCGAGAUGCGGCUGCAGGACGCGCUCGACGACAUCGAGGGGGUGCGGGCGGCGAACCGAGCGGCGGCCAAGGCGGCGCAACAGGACGCGGCGGCAGCCAAGGCCGCCAAGGCCGCCAAAGACAAGAAGAAGAAGGAGAAGAAGGUCAAGGACAAGGACAAGAAGAAGGACAAGGUCAAGUCCAAGGACAAGGUCAAGUCCAAGGACAAGGUCAAGGACAAGGUCAAGGGCAAGUCCAAAGACAAGGGCAAGGCCGAGGUGCCCGACGGGCCGGACGUCAAGCUCGAGGAGUUUGAGCGCAAGGAGGCUGCGCUCGAGCACAAGAACCGGGCGAGGGUGGCGGCCGCACCCAAGCGCAAUCGGCGGCCGCCGUCGCGGCGGCCGCGCAACCGGGGCGGGCCGUCGGCAUGAGCAAAGGGAACUCUUUCUCUUUAAUCCUAGUGAGCAGUGCUAUUCAAGCUUGCGCGGGCGGUAGACAACGCGACCGAGUGAGGACUUGCGGAGCUCGGCCGAGGCCCAGUCAAUGGUGGCCAGAUAGACCGACUUGUACUCAAAGGCCGGGAAGUCGAGAGCAGCGCGGGUAAAGAGCUCCUCGGCGACA